AUGCUGAGAGCAGCCGGCCCUCAUAGAAGGUCUGGUGUCGCGUCAGCUUCCGGCUCUCACAGAGGGUUCGGUUUUCCUGAGUUUUCACCUUGCUGGCUCUCACAGAGGGUUCAGUUUUUCUCUAACUUUGUGCCGACUCUCUUAGAGGGUUUCGGUUUUCUCAUAACUUUACCUUUUGCCGUCUCUCUUAGAGGGUACGGUUUUCCCGAUUUCGAAUCGUAUUCCCUACGUGUUCCUACUGGACUCAACGUGAGCCGUCAAUACUCGAAAGUCUCGAAUCGAUCAACAUCCCAACUUCAAUCAUAUACUCCUCGAUCGACUUUCGGCGAAAGCUGGUUCCAGCAGCCACAAGGGAAAGACUAUCCCCUAACACUCUAUAAAGAUUGUUCGAAAUGGCGCACGUGCCGCAUUGCUUCCACCGCGGGUUGGUUCGAAGCCAAAGUUCAAGUCAUACUUGACUCCCAGCAACCCCGAUUUGUCAUCCGCACGACAACACAAGAACACGGAUGGCGUUUAGUUAUCCCGCUUCAAUACUGCUUUCUGCAACCGGGAAUUGAGGGUGCAACAGGCGAUGGCACCAGGGCGGAGAUCCAACAAUUAAGGCAGCGAUUCCCCGAAUGCUUCGAAGAUUGGCCUCAGGUGUAUUAUUUCAGCAUCUGGUGUUACACCAAUCCCGUAAUCGUGAAAACAGCGGGAUCAUGGUUUCGCGACGACCCUGACUGGAACAAAAUUGAGACCUUCCCCUGGGUGACAGUCGAAAAAGAAGGCAUCUUCAUUUUCCAGAGAUUCGAGCCGAAAUUCAAAACUGUGCCAGACACAAUUCAAUGGCUGACAGUGCUGAGUGACCUCUGUGUAAAAGAUUGUGGGGAUGCACCUGGAAAAGCAUUCUGGUGGUAUCGACGGAAUCCUCCUAAAGACGGAGAGGGCCGCAGUCCACCAAUGCCAUGGCUCUUCACAAAAGAGCAGGACCCUUCAAAGAGGCAAUACACUCAACUGGAUCCCCAUGAUCCAUUCUUCAUUGAUGACCACAACCGACGAUGCAGGUUGAUCGAGGCGUCCAGGAUCGAGAAAGAUACGCAGUAUCAGUUGGUUGCGAAAAUCUUUAAUCCAUCUCGCCGCCACCGAGCAUGGUACGCUCCGGCGCAAACAGAUACAUUGCGACACAGUUUCUUUGUCCACAUCAAGCUCCAAGCGGAAGAUGGUGAAACGGAGGUGAAUGUUCCUCAGCUGGCCGAGAUGACUGAGGUUCAGUACGAGGUAGCUGAAAAGGGCCGGACAUACCUCAAGACCGAUCUCAACCAGAAAGGGCUUGUUGUUGAGACAGACAGCACCGGCGAUCUUGUUCUUCUCGUGAAGGGCAGCAUUCCCCAGCAUCGUGGUGAAUUUGAGAUUGUCACGUUCGUCAAGCCAAACACCAUGCCAAUUGAUGAGCAGAUCAAGGCGCUUUGGGAUGUGAGCCACUUCCGUUCCUGGGGAGAGCUGGAUGGCAAAGAAAAGAAGGGAUACUCGUUGGAGAGGACAGUACUUGCCCAUGGUGUUGAAUUAGACCCUGCCAGCGAUUUCUAUUUCCUUCUUGACGCCCGCAAAAUGUCAGAGGUUCCUCCAGAGCAGCAGGACGAGAGGAUCUCCUAUAUUAUGAAAAAUUUCCCCCUGGAUGAGGCUCAGCAUCAAGCCUUCUUAAAGUCAACGUUUGAGAUCACCUGUGGCGUCAACCUCAUACAAGGGCCACCUGGAACAGGAAAAACAAGAACUGCCAUGGUCAUCAUCCUCUUGCUUAUGGCAUUGGAUCUGAAGGUCCUACUUGUCGCUGGCUCAAAUAAGGGCGUCGACAAUCUUGCGGAGGCUGUUGUUGCGACUCUGAAUAAACACCCUCAACUUCAGCAGUGGUGCGGCCAAUUUAUUCGCUUCCGAACUCCAGCCUACCAGCUUGCACAAGUCAGAAUUGACAGCGCAAACCCUGAUCGAGUCAGGCUGGGAGCGUCAAGAAAAGGGAGCUCGGCAAGCCAGAUCCUCGAGCCAGUGCAGAUUUACAAUGUUGUCCAGCGCUUCGCCAAGGAGAAUGCAGAGACGCGUCACUGUGGAGACUUCCUUGAUAUGGUCAGGAGGGAUAAGGAGUGCCAUUUGAGCAGAGAUCAGUCGAAGAAGCUGCGCAACUCCUAUGAGAACUGCGCCUCGAGCGUCCUCGCGAAUUGCAAAGUCGUGGCUACUACUUUGAGCAAUGCUUCCCAGGAACUGCUUCGCAACUCGGGCUUCAACCCCGAUUUCGUGAUCAGCGACGAGGCCGGGCAGUGCCUCGAGGGUGACCACUGUAUCGCCUUGACGAUGUCGUCGGUUAAGGCGGUGGUUCUCAUCGGAGAUCCCGAUCAGUUGCCGCCAACAGUCAUUUCGGAGAAUGACUGCAACGAGGGGGCCAAAUAUCUCAAACGGUCCCUCAUGACACGACUUCAUCAAGCGGGAUAUCCAUGCACGAUGCUCACCACAAACUAUCGGAAUCACAGCGCAAUUCUCGAUUUGUGGAACCAGCACGUGUAUGGGGGCGCUUUGCAAGUUGGACGCUCCAACGACGCUCCAGACCGUGUAGGCAAUGCAUGGGAUGCCUUCACCUCGUCCCAGCAUUACUUUCGGAGAUUCGGUGUCGCAGGGCUUCGCCGUCUGUUCAUAAGUACGGACGGUCAUGCUGAUCGCCACCAGAACAGCCUGUCCUUGUAUAACCGGCCACAGGUGGAAGUUCUGCGUCAUCUCUUGCCUCAGCUGUACCAGUUCGAAACGCCCCAAGGAGACAAGAUCGAGGCCAAGGACGUCAUGAUCAUCAGUCCAUACAGGGACCAGAGGGCACUGGUGGACAAAGUUCUUGGAAAAUACAACAUCGGCUUCAAUGAGAAUGUGACUGUCGAUGGGGCCCAAGGAUCCGAGUCUCCCGUUGUGGUCUUCCUGAUGACGAAACCGUCUAGGGAUGUGAGGAGCGUUGGCUUUGUCGGGGACAGAAACCGACUGAAUGUCGCUCUCAGCCGGGCGCAAAAGGUUCUGAUCAUCAUUGGAAACUUGGACACCUGGAAUUCUGAAGCGAUCGAGGAUAUUCGUAAAUCCACCGGCAGGAGGAACAAGUUCCUCUUGGAUCUGCUCCGGGACGUCACUUGGAAGCGUCAUACUCUGACUUGGCACGGUGCAGAUACUGUGGAAGAACUGGAUCCCCCCCGAGACACCGAGAUGAUCUACAAGGCGCAUGAUCGAGACAUCCCGCGUCCAUCCAUGAGAGUAGCGACACCGGCUGUUGCAGCCACGGCGGGGGUACAAUCGCAAACGGCCACCCUUUCGGUCCCCAGACCGCGGGUCUCGUUACCCCAGUGCGCUUCGUACAGACAAGCGCUUCAGCCACUGCCGCCACGGCCACCACUGCCUGGGUUGUCUGCAGCGCCGCGACAAGAUGAAGUAGAGGCCGCCGACGAAGACGUGGAAAUGGAGGACUUCCAGGACCAAGGGACCCCAUACCCCGGAUCGGACCCUCGCGAAAAUGUCAAGUUCGCCCUCCAACCGUAUCGGGAACGUGAACAAUCGCGCUACCCGGAGCACUCAAAUUUGUCCCCCGAGCGUGGAUACCGGGAUCGCCAUAGCCCUCGGCGCGAUCUUGCAAUGACAGCGGCACCUUACAAUGAGGCGGAGGAUGUCCAAGCCCUGGAACGUCAACGUGACGAGUUGCGCAUACGGGGGCUGAGGGCACGCGCAGAGCGUUUUCGAGCCGAGGAGGAGCGCGCUGCCUUAGAAGCACGACUUAUUGAGGAGAGGCUCCGUCAGGCCGCCCGCGAAAGACGCAGACAUGAGCGAUAG